AUGGCCACUGAGGGGGCAGUUGGCCUACCAGAAGACAGUGAAGCCGGCUACUCACCAAACACUGGAGCUAGAGAAACCGUAAAUCCAUCCUCCUCAAGUCGGUCCGGUACUAACAGUAUAUCAUUCAAUGGCAUCCAAUUGGUUAUUGAGCCAGAAGUUGAUUCGAAAGAUCCCUCUGCUUUCCCAAAAGUUACGCACGAAAACCUAGAUACAAGUAACUCGCAAAUAGAUCCCCUUCGUCAUCACACCCCUGCCCAAUUCCUUGCUUUCCUUGCUUCCCAUUUUCCCGGUGUCUCUCGGGUCAUUGUCAAAGUUGGGGAACCCGAGCCUUCUCGUGUUCUUUGUUCCCUUAUGGAUCGGGUCGAUCUCCAGACCCCGGAGGAGUCUACAACCGGGCACAGCGAUAUGUCAAUUCCUGAGUCUUUCCGGCGUUUCCCCAACGGCCUGGUCCUCAGUCGUCUUUAA